UGGAACGCUUGCAGCGGUCCGAGCGUGAAACGGAAGUGCCCGUGACGCGGGGCGGGGGUGGGAAGGCUGGAAAAAGAUGGCCGCCUCCGUCUCGGGCUACACUUUCAGUUCUCUGGUCUAUCAUCACGCAAACAGCCCCUCGGACCACGAAGGAUUCCUUUUGGGUGAUGUAAAACAACUUGAGACUUUCAGUAUUAGUGAUUCACAUAUCAGCAACACGGAGCUGCUGCAAGUUAUAGAAAUCCAUAAUCAUGAGCCUGGUUAUCAACUCUUUAGUUUUUAUGACUAUGCAGGAAGGGUUGAUGAAGAGAGUCUGGAUAGAAUCCUCAAAGGAAGGAGGAAAAAUGUUAUUGGCUGGUACAGAUUUAGAAGGAAUACACUGCAGCAGAUGUCGUACAGAGAGCAUAUUAUCCAUAAGCAGUUGACAAACAUCCUUGGAGUGCCUGAUCUAGUCUUCCUUCUGUUUAGUUUCAUCUCCACAGCAAACAACUCAACGCAUGCUUUGGAAUAUGUGCUGUUUAGACCCAGUCGCCGGUAUGAUCAGCGAGUUUCACUCACAAUUCCCAAUUUGGGGAACACUAGUCAGCAAGAAUACAAGAGUUCCUCAGUGCCAAACACAUCCUGGAAUUAUGACAAAGUGGUAACGGAACAUGGCGCUGAGUUCUUUGACAAAGAUGGAGUGAUUAAAGAUAUCAGGGCCAUUUAUCAGGUGUACAAUGCGCUUCAAGAAAAACUGCAAACAGUAUGUGGAGAAGUGGAAAAGAGUGAACAAACAGUUGAAAGUUAUCUUCUAGAAGUGGAUAAACUGAAGAAACAAAUAGCACGCAGGAAAAGAGAGAUUGAAGAGGAAAAGAAACUUCAAGAAGCUGCACUGAAUAGAGGAAUAGCUGAAGAAAAUUCAGUGCAUGUGCUUAAUCUGAGGACCAGUCCUGGACAAGUAAUGGAAGUACAAAUGCAAGAAAGUUUGGACCCUACUAAUGCUCUGUUGCCUAAUUCUGAUCUAUCUGAUAUCACUGCUAGGGGCAAUUUGCAGGUGAUGAGUAGCGUUUAUGUGCCUCGGUUACAGGGUGUGGGUUCUGCUGGCAAAGCUUCAGCAAGCACAAGUGCUCCAAACUACUAUGGAAGCCAAAUGGGGAGUCCCCAGUCUCAAAUAGCACAUGGAGUUACUGUUAAUAAUGAAGAGGACAAUUAUGAAAGCUUGCACGAACCUUCAGAAACGUCUGACAGUGAAUACACUGCAUUAGGUGAAAUGUGUCCGAAUUCACAUCCAAAUGAAGAUACAAAUCAAACAUCACAAAUAUAACAGACUCUUGUGGCACUAAUUUUGUGAUGCGCAUUAAUUUUGAAGGAAGUGAGAAAAGAUAGUUUCAGGCCAAGCAAUUGAAUCAAUGCGUAACAGGAAGGCUUCUGUGUGCAGAAAACGUUGAUAUCCUACUUGGAUGUUUAUUGCCUUGUGCAAAGUCUGAUUUCAGAUAAAUGGGAUGUAGGUUUUUUUCUGUACUCUUUAGAAAGGUUCAUGUGUUACAGCCAAAAAUUGCUUCCAAAGGCACAAUACCUACUGUAGACACACAAUGGUAGCACCAGAUUUUAAGUGGUAUCACAGACUUAAAACCAAUUGCUGCUGGGUCUGUAUCUAAUGAAGAGUCUUUUAAUUUGACAAUACCAUACUACUUGCACUAUUUUGUUUUUUGCCUUUUUAUUUGCAGGUUCACAAAAGGGAACAUUGUCGGCGGCCUUCAGAAAUCAAAUUCCCCAGUAGGAGCCAAAUUAGUGCUUGUUCAAAUCUUUGUUACCUAAAUGGAACGGAGAUUGAUUAUAUAAUUGCUUUAGAUUGCACGUUGUAAGAUUAUCUGUGACUAGGACUGUAAUAUUUGUACAAUUUGAAAUUUUGUAGUGUAAUGUAUUACUGCACCUAACAAUUCAGUCCUUUUUUUUUACAAAAAAAGGAAAUGUAAUCCAAAACAGCUUUGAUUUCUUCAAUUAUGUGCCUGACUGGUAGUAUAGCAAAAUUUGUAUAUAUAAAAAAAAUAAUCUGCUCACUGCUCCUGUUUACUAGAAUUAUUGCUAUAUUCCUUUUUGGGUGCUAUAAUUUUUUUUCAAUUCUGUUUCCAAAUUUUAGCCUGGAAUUUUUAAUUGAUCUGAGGAAAUGGUUCAGUACGUAAAAGAUAGCCAUCAAGAUUGUUAAUUAGGUCAAUCUGAGUUAAAGGAAUAUUUUGGGGAUAACACAAGCUUAGAGGAGAAAAAUUGCAGGAAUUAACAAUUUAAAUUUAACAGCUUUUGAAUAUUCCCAAUGCGGGGCUAAUGUCAAAAUCUCAUUAAAUGUAUUGACUUUGGGUUAGGUGUCAAAUCUUUGGGUGACAAUCUUUUGUACAAACUGAGACAAAGUAUUUGUGUACAACUUGUUUUUGUGCUAAAUUUGCUAUUCACGGGGUGCUUUUACAUUAGGUGAUGUACCCAAUCCUGUACUCAGGAAUUCUGUGUGUGUGUGUAUGUAAAAUGAAUGUCAUGCAUCCUUUCAGAUUAAAAGUAAAUGUACAGAC